AUGGAGCCGGUGAGCUCUAACACUGUCAACGAAAGCCCCCCAUCACCGUCCCGUGAAGAUGGGGCAAAACUUGCCACCGCUCGUCCAGAGCGGAACAGCGUAGUCCCGCCCUACUGGCAGAAGCACGAGCGGAAUGGCAGUCGUCUGAGCUCGUACACCUCGGACGCCGGAGCUCGUAUUGCGCUCGAAGACCACACUGACGAGGGCUCUGAGCAGUGCAAGGUGCUCUGGGCAAAGCAUGUAACGAUUGACGACUAUGUCGUGGUCAGCGGCACCGCACCGGGUCUGGGAGCCUACGUCGUGUGGAACUGCACAGUCGAGACACUCGAUGGCGGCCCGAUAAAGAUACGUAAGAGGUAUUCUGAGUUUGAAGACCUCCACCAAAAGCUUGUGCGGACAUUUCCGUAUGCUGUGGGUUCCAUGCCACAGUUCCCACCCAAGUCUGUAGUGUCUCGAUUCAGACCGAGAUUCCUCGAACGGCGAAAGCAGGGUCUAUCGUACUUUUUGAAUUGCAUCUUACUCAACCCGGAGUUUGCGGGAUCACCAGUGUUAAAAGAGUUUUUGUUCUCGUAA